GGGAGAGCUCCCUCCGUCUCAGAAAGUGGGUACGUUACAAGAGUGCCGCGUACAGGCAGCAUCCGCAGGACUGGGUCAGCCGCUCCUCUCCUGCGAACACCAUCUGGGAGGCAGUCUCCAGAUUCAGGCAACAUCCACGGCUUCUGGGAUCUUUCCUUUUUUAAGCGAGGCAAAUCACUCCUUCAAAUGAAUGCUGCCUGACCCUCCCCAGGAAGAAAAUGGGUACCGGGGAUUAUAUCUGUAUCACCAUGACUGGAGGAGCACCUUGGGGUUUCAGACUUCAAGGGGGCAAGGAAGAAAAGCAGCCCUUGCAGAUUGCCAAGAUUCGUAAUAAGAGCAAAGCAUCCAAGGCCGGGCUGUGUGAAGGGGAUGAGGUGAUAUCUAUCAAUGGCAAGCCUUGUGGGGACUUGACCUAUUCUGAAGUUAUCACCUUGAUGGAAGGCCUGGCUGACACUCUGCAGAUGCUGAUCAAGAGGUCCUCCGGUGAGGUGAACAAGACUUUAAGUCCUGCAACUGAAAAAGGAAACCAUGGAGACACUAAAAAUGAGCAAUAUAAAGAAAGCACGACCCUGCAGAUCAGAACAGCAGUGCCAGGGCCCCACCAAGAGUUACAGAUCACCACGAGGGGCACUGAGGAAACCCUCCAGAAAGAUGUACCAGAAAGUGGUGUGGAUUUUUCUGAGAUGAAGCAAGAAAGAGAGACAAGCCACUCUCACAAAAUCCCUCCCAAAGUGAUAGAAGCCCCUAAAGCACACUUCAUUGAGGUGCCUGCUUUCACUGGGGGCCCUGGAGACGCGCCAGGCCCCACGGUUGAGCUGCAGUUGUCCCUCUCGUAUGACAAGCGCAACGGCAGCCGUGCUGCCGGGCUGGCUGUCCUGGGGGCCGAGCAGGGCAAGCCUUCUGAAACAGGACCCAGCCUGCCCCAAGAUGGGACCAGCUGGGUGGCUGCAGCCCCUGCCACAGAGAAAGAUCCUUCAGUCCAGUGGUCGAGCAGGGCAUUCCAGAUCGCUGGUGGCAAGCAGGUCAAAGCAGCCCAUGGAGCCGAGACGCAGGAGCCCUCCCUCGCCAAGGUGGAAGUGAUCCUGGACUGUUCCAGCCGGGCAAAGGAAGCCUCCAGGUCUCCGACUGAAAAGGGGGGUGUGGAUUCUCAAGGGGAAGGAGGGCAGUCGGAAGCACCUCCUUCUGUCGUCUCCUUUGGAAUCUCAUCAGAAGGCACAGAGCAGAGAGAAGACGACCAGCACUCUGAAAGGGAACACAGCAGACCUCACAAACACCGGGCCAGGCACGCCAGGCUCAGGCGGAGUGAGAGCCUGUCAGAAAAGCAAGUGAAAGAAGCCAAGUCUAAAUGUAAGAGCAUCGCCCUACUGCUGACAGCAGCUCCAAAUCCCAACUCCAAGGGGGUGUUGAUGUUCAAGAAGCGUCGCCAAAGGGCCAGGAAAUAUACGUUGGUCAGCUACGGUACUGGGGAGCUUGAGCGCUACGAAGACGAAGAAGACGAGGGUGAAGAAGGUGACAAAGAGAACGCAUUUGAAGUAACCUUAUUAGGCACAAGUGAGUCAGAAAUCGAUGAAGAUUUCUUCUCUGACCUUGAAAAAGAAGACCGGAUUGUGACAUUUGACUGGGACACUGGGAUACUCGAGGUUGAAAAGAAACCAAAAAGUGGGGACGAGAUGUCUCAGCUGCUUCCAGAGAGCAAGGGCAAAGGGGCAGUCAUGUUUGCCAAAAGACGUCAGCGGGUGGACCAGGUCACUGCUGAACAAGAGGCAAUGAAGAUGCACACAGUGCUGAGCAGUUCCGGGGAGCACCGAGAGGCUACAUCAAUGGAGAACGCCCAAAGAAUGAGUUCUUCAUAUCAGGCAAAACACGAGGAAAUGUCCAGAGUUCAGCAGAGCCAUGUAAGCAAAAGCUACAUAGAAGUGAGCCACAGGCAUGGCCCAGCAAUUCAGCAAAAUGGCAUUGGGGCCCUUCCUGAGGCAAAUGUAAUUUAUCCAUCUUCGGAACCCCUGAGAUCAGCUGCUUCCAACAGAACAGCCAAGCCUUUCCCUGGAGUACAGAACAGGGCAGCAGCUCCAUUUUCACCCACCAGAGGCAUGGCUAGCCCCGUCUCAGAUCUACCUGCACCACCUCCUUACACUUCAGUCAGCCCGCCACCAGAAACCUUAUAUAGAACUGUUUUAACUCCAGUUGCCACCAGCACGAUUCAGUCAACUCUGUGGUCUCCAACAGAGUUGACGGAGCAGAUCGCUUCCAGGGAUGAAAGGAUUGCAGUGCCUGCCAAACGAACUGGCAUAUUGCAAGAGGCAAAAAGAAGAAGCACUGCAAAGCCCAUGUUCACUUUCAAAGAAGCCCCCAAGGUGAGUCCUAACCCUGCUCUUUUGUCCCUUGUGCAGAAUUCGGAAGGGAAAAAAGGUGGUGCUGCUGGCUUUGAAUCUGGCCCUGAAGAAGACUACCUCAGCUUGGGAGCAGAGGCCUGCAAUUUCAUGCAAAUCCAAGCAGCUAAACAAAAGAUUCCACCACCAGUUGCUCCAAAACCCUCUCUCAAGGUUUCUCCUACUGCUACAACACCCAUUUCCCCAGUCUGGUCGCCACCAGCGAUGGCGGUUCCCCAGUCGCCUGUCUUUCCAGCUCCAAAUUCACCUGUGGCAAGUCCAACCAUUAUCAAAAUAGCACAGCCUGCUUAUCCUCCUCCACAGCCGCCCACUACACUGAACCUAGCUGGUCCCAUAGCAUCACCACACCAAAAUUAUACACCUAAAACAACACCCGUUACACCACUAGGAGGUGCUGUGGUUGCUGGAGGAGUGGGGCCAGCUUUUGAGAUGCCCCCUGCUUUUAGUGGGAAGGGAGCCCAGCUCUUUGCCAAAAGGCAAUCCCGAAUGGAAAAGUAUGUGGUAGACUCAGAAACUGUACAGGCCAAUAGGGCACAGGCCUCUUCACCAACUCCCUCUUUACCAGCUUCUUGGAAAUAUUCAUCGAAUGUUCGAGCACCUCCACCUGUGGCUUAUAAUCCCAUCCAUUCCCCAUCUUACCCUCUGGCUGCUACCAAGCCACAGUCCAAGUUCCCAGGAGCUGCCAAAGCUGCCAAGAAAAAACCUAAGAAAGCAAUGAGUUCCUUGGAAGUUAUGAAGCAUCAACCAUACCAGCUCAAUGCAUCCUUAUUCACUUUUCAACCUCCCUCUGGCAAGGAAGGCCUACCUCCUAAGCAACCUGCAAAGCUUGACUCACCAUCUGCCUCAAAGCAAGCUCUACCUUCAAGAUUGCUGAAUGCCAGCUCUCCUUCUAAUGUCCGAGCAUCUUCAGUAUACUCUGUACCUGCCUACAGUUCACAACAGUUCCUCCCUUCGAAUGCCUCUAGUCCCGUAAUUGAAUCCUGUGCAUCCUACCCUGCUUUUUCGAAGCAAGAACCAGUGGUAUCCUCUAUGUUUACUACUCCCAGGCCAAAGUUCUCAGCCAAGAAAGUUGGUGUCACAGCACAGGAAAGAGGAGCUGAACGAUCUUUAUCUGUCCCUGGAUGGCUUCCUUCAACCACUUCUCGAUCCAUGUCACCUGUUUCUCCUGUGAUGUUUCCACCGGCUUCUGAUUAUUUUAGCAAACCAGCUCCAUCAGUUGACAAGCCUGGAAAGAGGUUGACUCCUUGGGAAGCAGCAGCCAAGUCCCCUCUUGGACUUGUGGAUGAUGCCUUUGGCCCACAAACCAUGCAAGAAUCAAUUGCUGCAAAUGUUGUGUCAGCUGCUCGCAGGAAAACACUACCUGCACCACCAGAAGACUGGAAACAGAAAGUUGCCUAUGAGCAUCCAGCCGCAAGUGCCCAUGCUAAAUUAGCAUCAUUUGGAAGGAGCCAUUCGGCCACCAUAUUGCCUGCAAAGAGCACAGUGUCUGCUCCAAGCUCCAGUGCUCACUGUGGCUCUCGCUUGCAGUAUGCAUACUAUGGUCAACGUGCCCGAACAGAUCCUGACAUGGUCUCAGUGGGUUCCAGGUCUGAUUACAGUCUGUCAAUAGCUGACUCCAACUAUAAUCCACAACCAAAGGGAUGGAGACGCCAAACAUGAAAAGCUGAAGAUCCUGUCUUAGUUUCUCUUCCUGCAAUACUACCAGUCUUAGAUUCUAAGACUCAUUCAAAAUGGAAAGGAAGGCUUGUUUCAAUAGAUGUCCUGACAGUUCCUUGACAAAAGUUAGCUAGAAUGGAGCAUGGUGGCCAUGAAAUAUCUAGGUUCAAAACAUCAGGUUUUGAUUCCAGUCCAUGAAGUUUCCUUAUGUCUUUUAAUGUAUGUAUAUAUGUGCAUGUCAAUAAGAAAAACAUGCAUAAAAACAACAUGCAAAGUGGUAAAAUGUGAAAUAUAUGAAAGAAUAAGCUGGGGAGAGGUCAAUCACUGUGGAAUUUGAACUUUUAAUCCAGUGAGUAUUUAUCAAGAAUGUGAUUUUUUUUUAGAGCUUUUGGGGGAAAAAACCCACUUUUUUUUAGUUUAGUUUCCUCUUCUAACCUGCUUGUGGGUAGUCACUGUUGUUGGCCACUCAAGUGCUGUUAUGAAACAUUCUGGGUUUUUCCUGCCCUAUGUAAAUGCUACCAUUAACCUAAACGCAUUAACAGUUGCAUUUUGAUUUUUCACUAAAUCAAAUAAGAUGUUUCUAUCCUGUCAAGUAACUGGUUAGGAAAGGCUAAAGUGAGCAAUAUUCUUUAUACUUAUUCUCCUGAAUGGCUUAAAAUGUAGGAGAGGGAUCAUAGUCCAGUGUUACAGCAUAUGCAGCACAUGAUGUAAAACAAUCAUAUAGGCGUUGAGUUCAGACAGCGGCAAUAACCCACACUUAAUGGUUGAAUAUGGGUUGAGUGUGGGUUGUUGUGCUGUUCAAAAUAAGCUGAGGUAACAACCAUGGUGAGCAACCCACAGUUCACAGCCUGAUACAAAUAAUGGGUUCUCUUCAUGGGUUGUUAAUAAUCCAUGGAUUUUUAGCACAGCUGGAUUCAGACAACACAACAACCCAUAGUCAACCCAUACUCACCCCUUGAAGUUGAAUUACCAUGUUUCCUGAACCUAGUCAACCAGUAAUAGGAAAUACUUCUUUCUGUGUGGAGUCCUGGGCAACUGCUGCCGAUCAGAGUAGACAGAACAGAUGGAUAAAUAACCUGGCUUCUUAUAAGGCUCAUGUGUUGCUCCCCAUUGCAUUACACUCACCCCAAAUGCUUCCUCAUUUUAUCUAGUUUUGAAGAUUCAGAUUUCAUGAACUUCCUCAAUGGGACAGAAUUAUUUUAAUGAUUGGAAGGAAAAUAUCAGGCAAUACUACAGGUAAAAGAUAAACAGGACAGAAUAUUGCAUGAUAUAAAGUUGAGCAACAUAAUCAAAAUAAUGAGUUUUGUUAAUUAACUGAAGGAAAAGAAAUGGAGAGUCUUCAUAUUUCCCAAAGUCAGCAAGUAGCUGGAAAAUCUUGAUUGCUUCUUAGACCAAUACUGUUUGGAUUUUUCUUCUUCUUUUUCUGUUUAUUCAAAAGUAAAUCACCACAAGCGUAGUGGUACUUAGUCUCUAAUAAAUGGGAUUAUGAUUGCACUUUGUGAUCAAGCUAAUGCACCAAGCUCAUACACCUAUCAUGAGUGGUUAGCGUGCUGUAGCUCAUUUCAUUUUGGAAAGUGGUACAAAUUUCUUAAAACUAGCAAGCUCCCAUUUCCAACAGAAGUGGCUUUACUGCCUUCUAAUUGGCAGUCCUCACUGCAAGAGCAGAACCAUUCUCACUCCUAGCUGCUCAACCUGAGCCACUUGGCUGAAUGUAUAAAACUAAAUAAAUAAUGUGACUUUCAGUGCUAAGAUAAGGAAUAAACAUCUAACGACAUAAGCUGUGCACAAGAAAAAAGAAAAGGAAAAAGGAAAAAAGUUAGCCUGGGUUUCUAACACAUCCCCAUGCCAUUGACACUUUUCUUGGAGCCACCAGGUGAAGUGCUGCCCCCAGUACCAACUUUACCUGAGUUCAAAAGAAUGAUUUUGUGUUUUGGAGCUCAGCUCCCAUCUCUCUUCCUCUUUGAGGUUCACAGGCAAGUUACUUUUGCUUUAGACUUACUGUUUACUUUGUGAGCAAUCAGUGUUUUGUGACUGGCCAUGCCCUCUGUGACAGCCAUUUGAUGCAUGCUUAUAAUACUCUCUCGAAAGGAAACUCUGAAUUAAGUAAAAAAAAAAAAAAAAAAAACCACCUUUCCAAAGAGUGGGAAAGACUGAGGGGAAAAACCUCUCAGGAUCUGGUCACAGAUAUAUGUGUGAAGAAAGGGAGGACAGAAGUAUAACAUUAGCUUCUAUACAGAAGGAGAACUGUGCAUUUUUUCAGGGCCAAAUACACCUUACUUUAAAUCUGUGGCAACGACAACCUUAAUAAUAAUAAUAAUAAUAAUAAUAAUAAUAAUAAUAAUAAUGUUCUAUCCUACAGUAGGUGCAGGGGUCCAAACUAGAUUUUAAUAGCUCCCCUACUUCCCAUGCAAGUUCCUGAUCUGGAUUGACACCACACACACACACACACACACACACACACACACACACACACACAUAUCUCUAGAAUAAAAGAGAAAAGACAUCAGUGGCAGACAUAGUUCUAAAGUAAUGUUUGUUUGGGCCCUUCAGUCCCUGUUAAGGGGAAUUUUAAUGCAUGUGCCAGCCCCAGCUAUGAGGGAAUAAGUGAUAAUGAAUAUUCCUGGACAUUUUGAAGAUGUCAAUGCUUCUAGAAGAAUCUAACGUUCACUACAAGGCAACUUGCCUUACUAUGACAAAAGUUGGGUUACCCAGAAAAGUAAUUAAAAUCCAUUGGAUCUGUUUUUCAUCUGGUACAGGAGGGUUUAAUACUUAAGAUCAUUUUUAAUAUUUGGGACAUUUUUGGAAGUGGUCUCUAAAGUGUCUGGAUGUGUACAGAGUAGGCAGACAAAAGGAAACCAUCAGGUUGCAUGUAGUCUCAUCAGCUGACCAGUAAAAGUGGUGGCCUAUCUCAUAAGGAGAACAUAUGUGCAAAGCUUGUGGGCGAGGUCUAGCACAUGAAGCAAUUAUUCCUAGAAUAUGAGCACAGAAGGGAAGAGGGUGACUUCUUAACAGUCCAUAACAUAAGUGGAAGGCAAUGGUUUAGGUUCAUUUGAAGUGAGUAGGAGGUACAUGUUGCAACCAUGAACUAUGCAAGUCUGUCUGGAGGCUGAGAAGUUUGCGAAAUGUUUUCCAUGCUUAUCAUGUGGUGGAUUACAUUCUACUGUGUUUCCUAGAAGAUGAGUGUUGAAAUUUUGAAGUGGUAGUAAGAGUUCAAAACAACAAUAUAGAACAAGAAUGAUUGAAAUUGGAGGAAGUCCAUUUUCUAUAGAAGCCAGUUUAUGAUAAGUGUUCAAUGGUUUGAGUCCAGUGUAAGUUGCCUCCCAUGAAGAGACAUAGAUUAUUAAUGGGUUUAAGUGAAGUAUUUGGAUUUUUAACUAGUUGUGUUUCACGGAUAUCCACAGGGCAAAUGCAUAUUUAUUUAUUUAUUAAACUACAUAUAAUGCAUCUGAAGUCAACUCCACAUUGGAAGGACAAAUGAUCCAUUUUUCAGAUUUUAUGCUUAUGACUUAAUAGAACAUUGGAGAAUGUCCUGAAGCUUCCAGAAAUAGGUUUGUACUUUAGGCUGUGAUCUUAAGUGUACUUGAGGUAUAAUUUAUUUUCCACUGGAGUCAGUGGAACUUGUUUCUACAUAAAAGUAUUUCAGGAGGGUUUGCCAGUGUAGCAUGGCCUGUAUUAUGUCCCAGGUGAUCAGGUCAGGUUCAUGUUUUGACAUGUUCAGCCUUCUGUUUGGAACACAAUUAUAAUGACCUUCCUGAAAAUAAGAACAUUGUGAAAGGAAGCUGUGGAGACUUUUUCCUCAUUUCUCAGUACUGAGGGGGAAAAGGUGUAUCUGAGUACUUUGUAACUGUGUGAAGCCCAGUACACCAUAGAUAAAAGCAUGAUCAACAUCCAGUAGCUAUAUAGAUAUAGAACAGAUCUUCAGAUGUUUUUCCUGUCACAAGGUGAUUCCCUUGAAGAAGUACAAAUAGGGUGGGUUUGUGUUAGGCAUGUCCUCUGCUCCCUGAAAUUCUGAGAAUUAUCCUGAGGGAUGUAAUAUCGCAGUCCACCAUAAGAUAUGAUGCAAUAUGGCAGACCAGAGGAAAGUUAUGAGACAUUUGUGGGAUUGUGUAUGCCCAGGCCCCAUGUGGUGGAACUCCUGUGAAAUGAGGCCAUUUGCCCCAAAUGCCUCAGUGAAGCCACUUUGGCUACUCUGCGAUUUCAGGACUUUAACCCAGUAAACUCCCUUUUUUCCUUCUCUUUCUUUUUUUCUUAAGGCAUUCAAAAUCAACCAUAUGUCUUAGACAUCAGGUAGACUGUGCUAAGAAACAAGGCUAUGACAAGAAAUUCUGCUUGGAAAAGCUUGGGCUAGGAAAAUCAGCUAUUGUGAGUCAAACCAGUUCAACACUGAAACAAGGAGUUAAAAAGAAGUUUAAAGAGACACAAACUUCGUUGAGCCCAGUUUAGAGAAAUCAAGAGUACUCAGGUCUUCUGAUUGAGAUCAAAGAAAUGCAAGCUUACUUAACUUACUCUAGGUACUAUUACAGCUAAAUUGAUCUCUCUAAAGCAGCAAUUUUAAGAAUUCUUCACUGGAAGAAUUCUUCCCUGUUGGAAGAAGCUGCAAUAGAGUCAAAUGAGUCUGGAUUUAUCAGAGUCGAGUCACAGAGUCUGUCAUUAACAGACUUUUCCAAGUGUGUGGAGUCCAUGGCACUAAUGGACCAUUCUUUUAAUUGUUUGAAUUUUGUGCAAGUAUAGCUUUAAAAUAGACAAAUAAAACACUAAUAAAAAUGCUCAAAACUCAAAAUAGAAACAAUAAUGAAAUAUGCAUUAUGCAAAGAUAUGCAAGUUUGGCCAAUCUGAACCUUUCUGGGAGGGCAAAUUUGUGCAUAUAUAUGCAAAUAUAUUUGUUUAAAUUCCAGGUGCACAAAUCAGUCAAUGGCAGAACAAAAGUUGCCCAAAAAUCGCUGCCAGAGUGGUUUUUCCCCCCAUUUGCACUCCCUACCUGAAAGCAAGUCCCCCUGAACUCUGCACAAGUGGGACAAGACAUAUAUAACUUUGCACUGUGCAUGUAACAUUUCAUUAGCUGUACUUGUAUUUUUCCUAUUGAUGAAUGCUUGUUAUAUUCCACUGCUGGCUGGAUUUUCAUACUUAAAAACCAACGUAGUCUUUUAGCUUUUGCAAAAUUGUGCCUAGGAUGACAACUUUCCUUUUUCAACACGGAUGGAAAUUCUGUGCAACAGACAGAAAAAUAGUACUUAUUCCAGCAUGAUGAUGGAGGAAGUUAAACUUCUGUCUGUCUUUUGGAAAUCCAGAUGGUGGUGGUUUAGAAGCUCCAUCUAUCUUCCCUCCACACAUCAACUAUCUCUAGUACUUGAUCCUUGACAAAGUAGAACUAAGAAAAUAAGAGUAGAGAUGUUAAGGUUUUCACAGAAUGUAUGCCUAAAACGUAUGUUAAAACUACAAGUAAAAAUGUAAUAGUCAUAAUCCUAUGUAUGCAUGUUCAUACAGAAAAAGGCUUAUGACCCUCUGCAUGCUCUUGGCUGGGGCAUGCUGGGAACUGUAGGCCUUUUUUGCUAUCUAAGAGUGCAUAGAAUUGCACAGAAAAGUGCUCCCAAGCACCUAAAUUUACAUUAUUUUUCUCAUCUGAAAACUCUAAUCUAAAUGCUGGCAAAGAAGUGUUCAAGGAUGUCUGCUUGCAUGGUUUUUUAAAUUGUUAUUACUGUGUAAAGGGAAUUGUUUACACUCUAGGAGCUCAGGUUUUGCAAACUUUCCUUCAAUGAGGUCUUGCUCUGUAUGGAUUGCUCUGAUCAAAUAAACACAACUUCUUAAAUUGCUAAUAUCCUGUCUAGGAAAAUGCAGUAAACAAAGACAUAUGAAAGCACUUUUUAUAUUAAAAGGAAGAAACAAAGACAUAUGAAAGCACUUUGUAUAUUAAAAGGAAGAAACAAAGCAAAAUUGUAGAAGAUAAGCUUAGAGGGUGGAAAGUAUGAGAUCAGUCUCAAAAUUAGUAGUGAGUCUGAUUAAAAGUGUUGACAGGUGUUAAUAUGUAUAGGGCACAAUCCUGUGGCUAUUUGACAGAGUCUAGAUGUCCCCAGGAGAAUUCAUAAGUCCCCCACUGACCGUAGAAAUGCACUCUGUGGUCAGGUCAGGCGCUUGCAGCCUUUACAGAAAGAACCACCUGGCUACAGCUCCAAGGCUGCAAGUAUGACCAGAGCUGGUGUUCUCUGGGUAUUCCAGAGACCAGGGAGGGGAAGAAUCAGCACUGCAUGGGUAUGUACUGUCCUGGCAACACUCAGCCUCCCCUCCUUGCACUCCGGGGCAAAAGACACAGAUGGCCAAAAUCAACUUUUUCUGAUCUUUGUCUCUGUGCUCCUCUCACCCUUCAUAGGAUGUCUGUAGUUCUCCAAGUGCAAAGAGUUACAGGCAGGCGUACUGGACGGCACAGUUGGUGGCUCGUGGUCUGCACUGGUAUAUCUAUACCUUCCACAGUGUGAUCCCCUGACCAUACAUGCAUGAUCAGCUGGACUACUGCCCUGGGAAUGGGCAUUCCAUCACUAUGGAAAUUUGCCUCCCUGGAGUCUGAUGCACAUUUUGCUGGUCGCAAUAACAGCAAAGGACCCACAAAAGAACUAAAAAUAUUGAUGAUAAUAAUAUAAAAGGAAGACUUUAAAAAAAAUAAAUGCUAGAGCGGUUGCCUAAAAACUUGAGUAUUGAGGUAUAUUUAUUGCACUGUAGUAUAGAAACAUAUAAACCAUUUCUUGAAAUUAGUCUAGAUCCCAUCUGCAAUCACGCAUGCAUCCAUUUCUAGGAUAACUUUGCAACAUCCAUCAGAAGGAACAUCAGGUAAGAAAAAGUAGCUAGUUCUGUAAUGCACACUAGGUCAUGCUUGGAAAUCAUCAUUCACUUGCAUGUCUUUUUCUUUACUUGCACUGUACACCGUUUUUCCAUCCCCUUCCUGGGGAAGUGUAUUUUACUGAGAUAGAUAAGUGUGAGUUUUGUAUGAGUUCUAAGCACCUACCCAAGUACUUCUUAGUUUUUCAUGUACUUAUGUAUGAAAGGAUAGAUCGUAUAAUCUAAUGAAAAAAUACUCCAACAGUAUUCCAGUAGCUGUUGUAUACAUCCUAACAGAUUCUUACACCCCAGAGAUAACAGCACAAAGCUGCCUGGAACUCUGAAUAUAUGAAUGUUACUGAAAGUUAUGGUCCUGUACUUAUACCAAAAGGGAGGUAGAAUACCUUGCAUUUACUCUCAUUAGUUUCCAUGCUAGUUAAUAUCUAUUGCUACGACCUUUGCAUAACAGGUAACAUUUGUAUUCUAUUUAAGUAACUGUAUUUUCACUUUUACCAGCUGUUAGGUUGACUGGGAAGGACACUCUGUUAGAAUGCAUGAUAGAUAUGAAAAUGUAUCAUUUAAUAAAAUGAUUUGGCCAAUCGGA